AUGAUUAGCCUAAAAAUGGCGGCCUUGUAGACCAGAGAAGUAGUCACCGGCAUUUAAAACUGGAUUUUAAAUAUAUGUUACACAUAUAAUUGGAGUUUCAAGUAAUGCUUUUAUUAAUAAAAUAAAUUAUUUUUAGUCUAAUGCAUUGCUUAUUGGUUUUAUUGUCAUGUUGCAAGCAUAUGCACAUUCGCAAUUUAGUUAUAAUAUGGGACUGUAGUGGUGUUGUUCAAACUCAAACUGCACUGUUCAAGGAAAGUGCACGCAGUCAAGCACUUCAAGCAGCAAUAAUCAUGCAAUGCAACCACUUUGUGCCUUAGAUAUUAGAGUACUCUUUCUUCCUCUACUCUAUUGUAGACUACAGAGCUAAUGCUAAUGCAUUUUGUAGCUACAAAGUACUAAACUAAGUAAAUCUUUAAUUUUAAUUGAUAGUAGCCAGUUCAGUAGCCCCUGCCAGUUGGCCUAUCUUCUUGGUAAUUUUUAAAGAUUUUAAUUUUAGGAAUGAAGCUGAUGUGAUGAUUAGGAUUGGGACUAGGCCUUGGAAAAGCAAUAAAUAGUUGUGGUUGUAUAUUUUGUGUAACCCAUCAUUCUAUUAUCUAGUACUAGUAGUAGACGUAGUAACAGACCUUAUUUACAUAUACUUUUACAUACUUGGUUAUAAGUUAUACUAACUACACUUGACUUAGGCUAAAAUGCAGUUAGCGGCAGGGCCAGCGAUGUUUUUUGUUUUCCACGGUAUAUAGGUCAUGGAGGUUCGCCAGGUCAAAUAUUGGCCAUAUUUCCGUUUCUCAAAAUCUUUAGAAAUUUAGCUCUGUUUGAUACGUUUUGUUUUCAGUACGCGGACAUCUUUUUUCUGGCGUCUGGUAUUCAUCUUGGGGUAUCGGCUAGGAUGAUUUUUCUCUAUUUCUUUUGAAAAUUUUAAGUUGAAUUUUUAAUAAAAACAGAAUGGAAAAUUUAAUUUUAACUUCUUUUUUAUUAACUGUAUUGAGUAUGAGUAUGAUUUUGACGUGAAAACGCUCAAUGAAGAACCGGAAAUUUAUCAUUCUCAUCAUUCAGCUCCAACUGUUGGUCCUGUCACCCUAAGUCCAGUGUUGGGAUUCCCCAAAGUGACAUCACUGCACUUAGGGUGAGACAACUCUUGGCAAAACUUAUCACCUAUGCCGUUUUCUACACAUUUAUCAUUAGCUUAUAAGUAUUAGGCUUAUUAUAAGUAUUACUAGUAACAUUAAUUACUGAAUUACAGUAACGUAGCUGAUCAGGGCAGUCCAAGAUUUUUACCACCACUCUUCCAUGAAAUAAACUCUGCAGUUGGCAGAAAAUACCACAGGAAAUGUAGUAUUCAAGAGUACCGCAAAAGGAAUGUCCCUCUUGCUGUCCUCUUUCUAGGAUACUACAUUUCAGCUAAGUGUUUGCAUUAAUUUUACAUGUGUGUGACUUGUUUUUUGUAAGCUGCAGAAUGCUAGUUGCCGACACAUUCUUUGUUUUGUUAGUCUUUUUUCCCACACCUUGUUUCACAUAUUUCCUUCUACCCAACCUGAUUGCAGUCUCUCCCCCCUUAUUAUCAUUGUAAAUAUUUAGAUUUAGAGCACAUCAAAUUCACUCUAUUGGACCUAAAUGAAAUUAUGGAGUUUCUUCAUCAACUUCUUCAAUGACAUCCGAAUAGCAUUUAGUCAAAAUGGAACCGGAAAUGCAUCGUCUCUAUUCAAACCCAGGUCCCUUUAGACUCAGUGCUAUUCAGAUGUCAUUUGUGGUAGUUUAUUUUAGUUAAACUUAAGAAUUAAGUUUACAAACAUAUAGUACAUUCAAUUAUCUUUCAUUUGAUUCCAAAUUUUGUCUUACAACCGAAAAAUAAUAUUAAAAAAUUUUUUUUAAUCCCAACCUCUAACUUCUCGGACCCGGGUCCAAAUAGCCACUUCGAAAAUAAAAUAUAAUUUCCGUUGUUAGCUUUAGAUCCUUUCUACAUCCGGCAGUGACCAGUGAAUAGGAUGAGAAAUACAAUUGGUUGGAGACCAUCUGUAAUUAUAUUAUGUAUGCACUGAGAGGAGAAGCGGGGUGGUGUUGACUUAGAGCGUACCAGUGUUCAUGAGAGGGGGUACAGGGGAGGUAUUUUAAAAGAUCAUAAAAAUAUCACCGCCACAUUUUGUAUUGAUGGUCAUAUUGUUGUUUUGUAUUUUCACAAUGAUCUGGAAAAAUACAGCAACAGUAAUAUUAUUUUAGUCGCCAUAGUGACCAACAUUCAAUUUUGUUUACUUAAAUUAUGGCGUUAUGCUUUGAAAAAAUUAUUCCAUUCUUUGGCUGAACCGCUUCAAAUGCGAAAACGGAAAAAACUACAGAUUUAAAACAAAAUGCAACCCUAACUGCUUCACAUUAACAUUAAUAAGCACAACACAUAAUACACUGUAUCCAGCUAAAAUUGUUAAAAAAUCAAAAUCACUUAUAUUACAAUGAUUUUCAGGUACAUGCAGCCAUAUUAGCUGAUUUAUAAAAUGGACGCAAAAAAUGAAAAAGAUGCAGGAGCCUCUCCUGAAGCAGGUGCUUCAUCAUCUGGGAAAAAGGUGACAUUUUUAAGAUAUUUCUGCUUUUUAUAGGCUAAUUAAUUUUUUAAAAUACUUUAAAUAAAUGUGUAGGAAUUAAAAUUUCAAAUUAUAAUUUAAACUCAAUUAGUACUUUAAUACAUAUGUAUAAAUUUAUCUCUGUAUAGAAUUUUUUUUUUUUAAAAGUAUGAAAAAAAAAAUCUUCAUUAUUGUUAGCGUAAAGCACGUGUGUCAGAGGUUGUUGAGCCACGCACACCUCUUAAGCGACAACGAGUACCAGUGUCAAGAUUUCAGUCACCUUUGGAGGAAUUAGGCUUUGCUCCUGAAAAAGAAGACAAGAAAAAGGAUGAAAAUGUCACUUUGUAUAAAAAAGGAGCGUUUUUAGCUGUUCGGGGGGCAGAAGGUAAGGCCUUAAAAAAUUAAAUUGAAGCAAGGAUCGGUAAUUAAAUAGCCAGUGGUUGAAUUAUUAUGUUUGCAUUAUUAUUUUAAUUGUUAAAUUUUAAAACAAAUGUUUUUUCAUUUAACUUUUUUGUCUUUUAACGUCUACAUAGCGUCCUUUGUUCCUCUCUAUUGAAGAUAAGUGCACCAGGUAACACCUUUGUGCUUCAGUGCUUUAGAACUCUUUGGUUGAUUUAAAGAAAAUUAGAAUGAUACAUUAAAAAGGUUUACCUCACAUGUUAAUUUUUUUCAGGGAUAUUUUACCUCUGCCGUGCAGCACAAAACAUCUACAGCAAGUCUAAAAAACUGCGCAUUCAAUGGCUCAGCUUAGAAACCCCACCUGAUAUUUACAAGUUUGAUUAUGUUGACACAACUGAAAUGGAAACAGUUCUCACCGAGAUCCAGAUGGAAAAAGUCUCAAAAGACAGCUACAAACUACCUCAGAGUGAACAAAAGAGAGCUGAGAAAAUUUUAGAUAGGGCUAUCAGGGUUGAGCAAGGGAUAGCUACAGCUGAUGAAGUAGAAGAAGAAGCAAUGGAAGAGGUGGAAAAUGCAAAUUCAGCCAGAGAUGAAGGUUUGCACAUUAUGUCAUUCAUAGAGACAGUAAAGGAUAACUUAAGUUGAUUUUACUAGAUAUUAAAAUUCUUUACAGUUAGAAAUAGUAACAAAACAAAUUCUUUGCUUGUUUAUCAUGAAUUCCCUUAAUUCCCUUCCUCCUCUACCAUUUUUUUGCUGCACAUAAACAAAAAAAUACAUUGAUGAUUUAUUUUUAAUACUUUAGAACUUAGUUGACUUUUUGGGAGAAAGAAAAUGGCAAAUAGUUUUUGAUAUAGCUUAGGGAUAAUAUAUGACUCUAUUUUGUCUGCAAUUUCUAGAGGAAGAUGAUGAUGAAGAUGAAGAAGAAGAGGAGGAAGAUUCAACCCCAAGAAAAGGCCGCAGUGCUAAAAAGUUAACAAAAGGUAAUAUAAGUGAACCUUGAUGUCUAACAAAUUUGAAAGUGUGGAAGAUGAAGCAGUAAUUUAAGGAGGAACCCUUUCUGUUAUAUGUAAGGACUACUAAUAUGUGCAGAUAGAAAAUGGUUAGACAAAUAGAGCUUAAAUGGAGUCUGAAAACAAUCAUCACGUUUUGAAAUCAAAUAUCAGUUGUUGAAUUUUAAAAAUCAUUAUUGAAUUAUUUUCAUCAUUUUGUAGUUACAAUUUUUUAAAUCCCAGAAUUAAAAAAGAAAUUUAAUUAGUCAUCAAUUAGCUUUUAACAGGAUAGUGGUUUCACCAUAGGGAAAGUUUGGUGUAGUGUCUUGAUGAAAUUUAUGUGGAGCAAUUAAUUGUUUAUCAAUAAUUUUGUUGCAAAUGUACAUUUUUUAAAGGGAAAAAAGACAGACUGAGCACACCAUCACAGAAGAAGAAAGGUAACUAUACUUUAAAUUUGAUUUGUGUUUAGAAUGGCAUUGAGCAGAGAGCUAAAAUGCUAUUUGUGCCAGAUUGCUUAGAAUAUAGGUAACAAUGGGUUAUCUUGACAGGUAAUAUCACCCAUGCUUGACUUUUCUAAACAAUUUGGUAAUUAUUCCAAAAAUAUAUUAGUUUGAAAACAUAAUUUUAAAAAUAUUAGCUUAAUUAUUUAAUUUGUAAAAAUGUCUAACUUAAAAUUACAUCUUAAAAGGCAAUUUUAGAAUUUUAGUGAGACUAAAUUUUUUAUUGAGUUAUACAUCCCCAUUUGUAUAUCUUCAGAGAAAGAUAAGCAAGAUAAAACUAAAGGAUUGAAACAGAAAAGCAAAAGUGGUGACAAGAAGAAAGGUCCUGAUAGAAAUCUGAAACCCAACCCAAAAAUAAAAAUUUUGGAAAAAGAUCCAUUUUUUGAUACAAAGUAAGUUAUGCCAAUGAGCCAGGGAAAGGAAUAUAAUUUUAAUUUGCACAUUUUGUUUUCACCUUGAGAGUCUUGCUAUGUAGUGGCAAAACUAAAUAUUUUUUAGGUUGUAUAAUAUAUUUUUAUUCUUAUAUUGAAAAAAAAUAAAUUGGUUAAAAUAUGGAAAACAUUUUUAAAUAUAAAUGUCAUUUAUCAUUUGGCUGUUCUGUUGAAAAAAAUAUAAAAGUAAACUUCUUUUUAACAGAGACAAAGUUCCAGAAGUAUCAGCACUUAUGACAUCCAAGCUUGUUUUCCGUGCGAUUAACACAGGGGAUGUUGAAGCUUUGAAAGAACUUCUCCAGAGAACGGAAGGAGUCACGAAUGUGAGUAUCUUCCUUGUUUCACUAAUUGAAUUAUAAAUGCAUAUUAAGGAGGAGGAAUGGUUCAUUCAAAGGUCAGUAAAAGUUUUACAUUGUUUUUACUCUAUUUUACACUAUUUUAAAAAAAUUUCAAGAUAUAUUAUGUUAUGUUGUGUUUUAAAAAAAAAUUAUUUCCUUCAAAAGUUUGAGAUUGACCGAUCGGCUUUCGACAAUAGAAAUGCUCUUACAUUCGCUGGCGAGCAAGGCAAAAAAGACAUCAUCAAAGUAUUAACUACUGAGAUUUUUGAUUCAGAAGUGCAAUCUAAAAGAAAGAGGAAAGAACCACCAGCACCAAUCAUUUCAGAAACAGACACUGGAAUGUAAUUACAAAAAUCAUUAUUAAAUAUAACAUUUGAUAUCUUAAGAUGAUUCAGAUACUGAUUAUACAUUGUAAACAAAAUUUAUAUGGUCUUUUACACAGUUUUUUGAAAUUUUCAAGCUUAAAGAAGAGAACAUUAAAAUCUCAGAUAUCAGACAUAAUAACUAUUUUUUCUUACAUAAUUUAUUGUACUUAAUAUAUGUUGAGUAUCAUUUUAUAAAUUUAAAUUGUUUUAUUUGUUAAUUUGUUUUUGUUCUUGUCAUCUCAGAUACAACCCAGCUUUUCUUGGAAUCAAAUCAAUUAGAAGCCUAAAUGUUAGCCGUGGGGGUAAAGAAGGCAAUGAUGCAUUUUUAAAGGUGAAUGAUGCCAAAUUUCUAGCUAAGACUAUUUAUGAAAACUUAGAUGACUUAAAUAAAUAAUUCAACACCAGGUUGAUAACUUUUAUUUUUUCUGAAAAUUCAUCAUUUGUUUUGUUGGAAAGUUAAAUAUAAUGCCAAUCUUAACUGCAGAAACUCCAGAUGGGGUUUUACUAUUUUUUGUUCAUGCUGUUCAUUCUUUUUUUUACCACUCAAAUCAAGGAACCUAUAAAGGGAAGCAUAGAUAAAGAUUCUGUUAUUCAAGACUGGAUGAAGUUGGGUGUUUCAGUUGACACCAUGGAAAGUUUUCUAAUGGCACUUUCUGUUGCUGAGAAAACUACAAGGGAUGAUCAAGUAUAAAUACUGAUGUCGUCUUUGAAUUGAUGUUUUGAUAUUUAAAACCAUUAUGCAAUUUUUCAUUGAAUAUAAUCUAUAUCUAAUUAUUCUUCGAAUUAAACUCCUGUUCUCUAGAUUUGGUCAUUAAAUUUGCUACCGAAAAGCAGAAAAUUCUUUAAUUAUGAAGAGAAUGUUAAUUUUUACAUUUUUGAAAAAACUGUACUGUGGAAUGUGCUUGAAAGUUUGAACCUUUUUUUUUUCUAAUAAAUUCAAAGAAACAUAAGCAGUAUAAUUUUUUAUUUAAUGUUCAUUUCUCAGGUGCAUUCUGUUAUUGGUGAAAUAAGCUCUGCUGUUAGCAGGGGUCAUCGUGAACUAGCAGCAAAAUAUGUGUCAGAUGCAGAGAGGCUUGGAGGCUUUGGCUUCAACUUUCUACAUAAAGAGGUAAAUUUAGUUGUAAGCAGUCAAAUCAAAGAUUUCUUCAUGUAAGGACCACAUUCAUUCAUUUUUUAACUGGUUAAAAUGCAUCAAAUGCUAUAUAUGCUUAAUAUUCAUGAAGCUAAGUUGUUGAAUUUAUUUCUAUUAAGUAAUUUUAAGUCUUUAUUAAAAAUGUUCAAUAAUUAAGAAGUUUCUUUAGGAAUGAUUAGUGAAAAUAUUGAUAGUUGAUUAAUAUUUCUAAGAAAUAAUGUUCACUGCAACUGCAAGGAAGAUUGGUCAAAAUAUUGAAAUGACUAUAUAUUUUGUACUCUUGCAUUCUUUGUAAAUAAAUAAAACUUUCUUUAAAGGUUCUCACUUAUGACAAAGAAGAUCUCAGAGAUAUCAUUCUUGCUGCAUCUGUUCGGAAGAAGCCUUUUUCAAAUGAUUCAGUAAGUUUUUGUUUUUACUGUUGGUGUUAGUUAAAUGAAGUAAGUUAAUGAACAUUUGUGUGAAAAAACAUAUUUAGUAGAAAUCAGAAAGUUUAUGAAAAAUGGUUUUGUUUUUUUUCAAUAUUCUACAGAUAACUCCACUUCACUGUGCUGCUAUAAAUCCCAAUGUGAAAUACCUCACCCGUCUCUUAUCAAUUGAGCCAGAUAUUAAUAUCCAGACAAGGUCACGUGCCAGACCCAUACACUUUGCUGCAGCAUGUGAUGGCACUGCACCACUUGAGUUUUUACUCAAAAGGUGACUCAUUGAAUGAAGAUAAAUUGUCUUGAUGAAUAAUUUAAGAUUUUAAAAUAAUGUUUUGAACUAAUUGAAAAAUUGGAAGGUUUAAUAUAUUGAAGUCAAUCAUUUUGCUCUAAAAUUUAAGAUACACAUUUAUUCUUAAACCAUCUCUGUUCAGCUUACACUGUUAAGAAAGUAAUAAUUUUUCAUUUACUGGCUUAUAUUUCUCUCAGGAAUGCAAGUCCUAAUGAAUCUGACAGCAAUGGUGAUUUGCCAGUUCAUUUUGCCAGUAGGAGUGGACGCUCAAAAAAUAUUGAUGUGCUUGUGAAGCAUGCUAAAUCUGAGUGUGAGUUACUUUAAAUAUUUAUCUAGUACACAUUUAAUUGUUCUAAUUCAUCAUUUAUUUGGAAUUAUAAAAGCAUCUUAUCUCAUCUUAUCUUAUAAUAUUUUGUAAUCUUGUAAUGGUAAGGGGAUAACAUUUUUUGAAGUUUUAAAACAUAAUUACUAAAAUUCUUUUGUGACUUGGUCUUCAUAUGGUCAUUUUAAACUAAAAUGUUAACUUAUAAUAAAAGAUACUUUGUAGUUAAUAAAUUUCCCACAAAACAUGAAAUUUUACAAAAUAAUAAUUCUUUAGCUGGAGCUGAAGUUAUGAAUGAGAAGUGGGGUCUAGGAAUGGUGAACAGACCCAACAGAUUGUCUUUCUGUCCUCUUCACAUGGCAGUGGAAGAAGGUCAUUUGGUACGUUAGAUCCCCUUUGUAACAAUAAAAUGACAUUUUAGGCUAUUUGAAACCUAGUGUGGUUUGGUUAAUCAGUUUAAUAAAAAGAAGUAAAAUUUUUAAACCUCAUCCUAACAACCAUCCAAAUAAUUUAUUUAAAUGAACAUUUUAAAGGGAGGAAUAUGAAGUCCUUUGAAUUAUUAUCAUUCUGAAAAGCUACAAUCUUUUGUAAUGUACAAAUUCUGUCAAAAAAAUUAAAUCAAUUUUUUAUUGUGUUCAAAUAAAUGAAAAUUAUGGUCCGUUAUUUGGAUAAUUUUGUAAUGAAAGCUGCAUUCUAAAUAAAAUUUAAAAAUGUUAAAGAAUUAUUUUCAGUCUAUAUUUCUUUUUCCAAUUUUGCCUCAUCUAAGGAUGCAGUCCGCACACUAAUUAAACAUGGUGCGGAUGUAAACAAACCCCUUUCUGCUGGAAAAGACAAAGUCACACCUUUAAUGCUUGCAGCUCAGAGGGGAGACCUCAAUAUUGCCAGGCUGCUUGUGCAAAGUGGUGCAGCAGUUGAGAUGCUUGGUGUGUAUACACAUUUUUUUUUACUCAACAUUAUAAAAAAACAAAACAUUUACAUCUGUAUCCAUUUGGGCCAUAAUUAAACUUUUAAAACUGGUUAUUUAAGUUUUUUAUACAAGUAUUAUAAUUAAAAUUAUACCUUUUCAGUUGGGUUUGUUUUCACAUCCUCAAUUACAGAAUUAAAUUAUUUUUAAAUAUUGAAAAUGACACCUAUAUAACAUGAUCUUGAUUAAACAAAAUAUUGUUACAAAUAAUUACAGAUAAAAAGAAGCGCUCAGCCUUGACCCAUGCCAUUAUCAAUGGUAGCACAAAUGUGGCAUCCUAUUUACUCUACCUUGGUGCAGAUCCAAAUCGUGUAGAUUCAUCUAAUAAUUCACUAGUUCAUUAUGCGGCUGCCUAUGGCUGGUACUUUUGUCUUAAGUUGCUUAUUAAAGAUGCUGGUGCUAAGCCAGAUCAACCAAAUGAUUGGCAGGUAAGGUUGCUUAGUAUACAUUUUUAUAAAAGUUUAAUUUCUUCAAAACAGACAUUUUGUAUUAGUAUGUUUUUGAGUAAAGAAAUUAUGGUAACAUGCCAUUUAGAAUUUACAAUGAAUACAAUUACUUUAAUGUUAUUCUUUAACAAUUAUUAUGAGAUACUAAAAGUACAAUGACUGGUUAAUUUUGUAAGAAACAACAAUCAAUGUUUCAAAUCUCUUGAAAGUUGACAGAAAAGUUGAAAUUUUUUUUGGAUUUUUUACACAAAGAUGAAGCUAAAUUAUUAGUAACUACCUGUUAUAUGGUACUAAUUUGAAGUGAAUUUUAUUUACAGUUAUGUUUUCUUAUUUAUUUCCCAGACAACUCCCAUCAACAUUGCUUUUUUGAAAGGCAACCAUGGACUUGUAGAAAUGUUAUUCAACCAUAAAGGAGUUGACAUCAAUUUUAAAACUGAAAAUGGUACUUUUAAAUGGUUAUUAACAUUAAGACUAUUUUAUGUACCUCUGUUCAAGAUCGAUGUAAUUACUUCUCAAAUUUGUGUCUAAUAAGUACAAUUCCAGAGAAGAAUAUAAAGUUUAUGGGCUUGCAUGUUAUUUCCUUUAUGCAAGUUAAUAAAGUAUAGCCUGGCAUUUUAAUUGAGAAGUAAUUUCAGUAAGAUUCCCAGUGGAAGCUCAGUUUUAAGGUCUCCUGCAUAUCAAUGUCACAGAAAGAACAAUUUACCUUUUUUACCACAAAUGGUUUCAGUAAUUUCUAUGUGAAGUUAUUAAGUAAUACAAACUUGGCCUUAAAGCUUAAACAUUAAUAUAUGUAAUGCUCAAAUUAAAUGUCCUAACUAUCAUUUAUCAUAAAUUGACAGGAAUGACUCUUGCCAGCAUUGCUUGCAGAAGCCGACUGGUGUCAGGUCUGGACACUCAGAUUACCAAUCUCAUAAAAAAUUAUAAAGCUGACCCUACCAUUCGUGAUGUGAAUGGAUAUAAUGCUGUAAGUCAGUUUGCACUUUACUUUACGUAUUUUAAAAAGCCACUGAAUUUCAUUAUUUAUGAAAUUGUAUAAGGAGAAUAGAUAUGGAAGUUGUAAUUUAUUGUAAUUUCAUGAUGUUUAACUGGAUUUAUGAAUAAGCUCUUUUUGCUUGCAGCUUCAUCAUCUGGCAGCCAAUAAUAUCAAGAUCAAAGGGAGACAUUGGGUAAGUUUGUGAUAAUUAGUGCUAGAUAUAUUUAAAAAAAUUGAUAAACCCUAAGAGAAUUAAAAUGACAUUUCUAAAUAGUUUUGAUAGGUUAAUAUAAUUUAAGAACAAAAUAACCCAAACAGAAUGGUAUAAGGAAUAAUUAUAAAAAUGAUACAUUAUUUCAACCUAAUUAUAGGACCCAGAAGUUGAUCCUGAAGCCAUGCAGAUUAGUGUGAAAAUAGCAGAGGUGCUUAUCUCAGCUAAAUGUGAUCCUACUCUUCGAACCAAUGAGGGCAAAACUCCUAUCAUGUUGGCUAUUGAACAGGUAGAAAUAUUUAUCUAACAUAUUUCAUAUUACGUUUCAGUUUUCCAUUAAUAGUUGCUAAAGUAGUCCUAGAAAGGUUUGUUUAUUUCAAGUUACAGUUUCUAUGACAUUUUGUUAAAUUGUGGCUAUCAUCUUAGUCAACUUGUAAUCAAAAGUUAUUUAAUCUUAAUACAUUCAUUGUCUUGUUUCAUCUGACCUUAACUAUAUGUGAAAUAAAUGGAAUAGGAACAUCAAUUUUAAAAAAAUAUCAACAUGAAUGUCGGUACUUUCAGAAAAUGCAAUUGAAUUUUAAGGAUACAUAUUGAUUAACUGUUGUUCAUACACUUUAGGUAAAUGUUGAUUUGGUGAGGUAUCUUGUAGAGAAUGGAGGCACAGUAUCGCCUGACAAAAAUAAUGAUGAAAAAACAGUUCUUCACCUUAUGGCAGAGCAAUGCUGCACAACAGAUCUAACUCCUAUGCUUAAGAUCCUUGCAGAGCAAGUAAGUAAUCAUCUAGUUAAGGAUUCAUUUUGUCACAAGCAGUCAUACAUUGAAUGAUUUAUACUCAUUGACUAUAGAAGUACAAUUAUCUAUUUGCUUGUGCAAUCUUUUUUUGUUUUCAAUAUUUAAAAAAAAUCAAACUAUCAUUGGGAAAUUUUAAUCUUAAGAAAUCAUUGGAGGUCCCUCAAGUGAAGAGCCAAACCGUUGGACCAAAAGAGAAUGGAAAAGUAAAUGCAGCAGAAACUGAGAAAAAAGAAGAAACUCCCAUGGAAGUAGAUUCUGGAGAUAAGAAAACUGGAGGUAAAAAUGUUUAAAAUGUAUUAGAUCUUCUUAAAUAAGCUUUGUUAGGAAUUUUUUAACUGAAAUAUGUAAUUACCUUUUUUAUCUCGACUAGAGGAAACAUUGUUUUGCUUAAAUUAAUUUAUUGAUAUUUUCAUUUCAGGAGAUAAUAAAGUAUCCACUGUUAAUAUCAAUGGAGAAGACAACAAAGCAUCAGCAGAUAACUCUGGUGAUAACAAUUCAGACAACACCAAAAAGGAUUUGGACACAGAUAAACCUGCUGCAACUCAGCAGGAAGUCUUAAAGAAAAUGGCUCAGGACAAAGACUUUGUAGGUUUCACGCCUCUGCUUAGAGCCUGCUAUGUAUACAAGAAUUUCCAGGUAGGAGCUUAAGUAUAAUGUAAAAUUUAGAAGGAAAAAAAAGUAUUUUAUCUAAUACAUUUUAAUAAUCUGAAUAAUUUGAUUUCAUGUUGCCUAAGAAAAAAAUUAUCAAAUUAAAAAUCAUGAAGUGCUUCUAUUAACUUGAAUUAAUUUCUUGAAGGCUUUAAAGAGAGAGGAUGCAGAAAAAGUCAGCCAUGCCAGAGCUUUUAUUCAGGGAUUGAUCGAGUGGACAGGUUCUGAUGUUAAUGCAGUUGUAGGACCAAAGAAUAUUCCAGAUGAUCCAGAAUUGCAUUAUGCCCCUGAAGGUAAGAUGAUGAAAUCUUUACUCUUUAGUAGCAAUUAUUUUGAAUCCGACAAUAUGCUUUAAAGAUCCAAUGCUUUUGACUAAAAAACUAAGUUUUAAAUGUUUAUUUCAAUUGUUUCAACCAAAAUGUCAUAAUGUCAAUAUCCAAAAUCUAGAGCCUUCAAUUUAUCAUAAUUUUCACAUCUGUGACUAAUUCAGAUUACCAUUUGCUAUAAACAUCAUUUUGUAUUUUAUGUAUGUUCUACAGAGGAAAUAAGAUGCCACCUUGAUUAUAUUUGAGUUGCUUAAUAAAUAAAAAGAAGUUUUAAAAUUAAAAUUUUUAAUGUCGAGGAAAAGUAAAAGAUUUUUAAUUGUUUGGAUGUAAUAUUAUUUUUGAAAACUUGUAUAAAACAGAAAUUUCAUAAAUAAAAAAAAAUAUACUGUCGUAUGGAAUGAUUGAUAUUGUGGACUUCAGUUUUCUUCUGCUAUUUAAAAAAAACAGCAACUAAUUUUUAGUUUUCUCUCCCAGGUUUGUGUUCAUCACUACACUUCAUGGUGAAUGCACAGUCUGAGAAAGGGGAGGCUGAAAUUGGUCAAGGCAUGAACCUUUUGCUUAAAUAUUCUCCAAAUACAAACCAAAGGGAUCUACAGGACAAAACACCUCUUGCUUUAGCUGUUGAGAGUUCUAGAGAGGCAAUAGUCAAAUCACUGGUAUUUAAUUUGUUUGUUACUGUUAAACUUAAAUUUUUUUCUAAAAAAAUAAAAAUUCUUUCCAAUGUAAUUAUUUGUCAUUUAAAAGGGCAGUUGAGGCAUAAAUAUGAUAAUCUUAAUGUUUGAAGUACAAUAAUUAAGUUAACCAAGUUCAAAGUAAAUAUCUUUUUGCAUGUCACUAUUUUAUUUAUUUAUUUUUAAAAAAUUUAUUGUUAGCCAUAAAUGCUAAACCCAACAUGUGCUAUUUAUCCAUCAUUAGUUACAGUAACAAUUAUUUUUACUAUUCUAAUUCUUUUGAUUUUUAUUAGCUCGAGGGAGGAGCUGAUCCUAAUGUGUUAAUCAAAGGCCCCCACUUCCAAGUCACACCUCUUGUGCUUGCUGCAGAGUAAGUUUAAAAAAUAUAUUUUCAAUUAAAAAUCAUUAUUUCAUAAUCAGCUUGCUAAAAUGUAUUUUCUCUGAAACAAUAUAUCUGUUCAACAAAAAUUUGCAUGCUAUUUUGUUUUGCUUUUCUUUUGGUGCUCAUUUACUCUUCAUCAUUUCAACUCUUUAGGAGAGGAGCUAUGGAGAUAAUGCGGCUUUUGAUUCAAUACAAGGCAAAUGUACAGAGUAGCCGAUCUGAUAAUCUUCGCACUCCCAUUCAUAUCAUGGUCACCAAUAGAGGUAAAGGCAAAAUAAAACAAGAUGCUUUUAUAUAAAUGUUUAUGACUCUAGGACUGAAAUUAUCAUGGACAUCAAUGAUUCUCUUUAAUCAGAUUCAGCAAGUUUUUGAGAACCUAAAUAUUGAUAUUAUUAAAUCAUUUGCUGAAUUGUUAAUGCUGGCUAGUCUCUAUAACACUAGCAUAAACUUCUUUAUUAUUAAAAAAUUGUUAGAGCUGAAGCAUUAAAAUACAGUUUCACUUGAACUGUUUAGUCAAAAUGAAAUACAUUUACAUUAGCAUGCUGCUCUAAGCAAAUCUGACUACUUGCUGGACCGUAAUAUUUGAACAUAUAUUUGAAUAUAUCUUUUAAUUAGCUCGAGAAGACGAGACUAUUGCUAUGAUUCAGAACUUACUGCAAGCUGGAGCCGACAUCAAUAGUAUUGACAGUGAAGGGGAUACACCUCUGCAUCUUGCUGUUCGUUUUAAUAAAGGCCAUUCAGAUACUUCAACUAGUUUGGAGGAAUUCCUGCUAGAUCGGGGUGCAAAUGUGUUUGCCAAGAAUAAACAGCAGAUGAUGCCUUUACACCUGGCAUUGAAGAAAUCUGGGUAUGAACUCUUUUUUGAUCUAUGUUUCUAUUUAUUACAUUUAUUAUAUAAAAUAAGAGAACAAAUUCAGAAAUAAGUUAUUCCUCAUGUCACUCCAGAAGCUGUGAAACCCUCAUUCUGAGUAUCUAGUAUGUCUAAAUUUUAAAUAGAUCUUAACAUUUUAACAUUUUAAACAUUGAACUCGUUUAUUUCAAUCAGAAAAUAUUCUAGACCUGUAUGUUUUAUGCAUAUUUUACACUCUGCAAUCCCUCUGGCUAUAUUUUUUGUUGCUUCACCAGUGUUGAUCCUAUUGAGUUGUGCAGUCUCCUGACCAGUGUAAUGAGAGACCAGAAAGUGGAUGAGCCUGAUGAGCAAAAGUUCACUCCUCUAUUAUAUGCUGCCAGCUCUGGUGCUACAAUUUGUUGCAUGCAUCUGCUGCAGGUAAAUUCAACAUGAGUGAUUCUUGUAUGAGUUACCCUAAGUUGUGAAUUUUCUCUUACCAAUUUGAAAAUCAUUCAUUAAACUCAUUAUUUAAAUUGUUAUAUUACUAGAGAGGAGCAAAUAUUGAAGCAAAAGAAUACAGAGGAAAUACACCCUUGAACAUGGCCAUACAUGGAGGAUUUGAUAGGUAAGUGCUUAUCUUUUUCUAUCAUUUGGAUAUACAUUUUUUUCCCUUCCAGAUAAUUCCAGCAGCUGUAACUUAAAUUGCUAAGACAACAGCCUGUUAUAUGUCAAUCUCGAUUUAUAACAAUGCUGAUGUGAUUAUUAUUUAACACUUGAAAUUACAUUUUUAACAUCUCUCCCCGACAUUCCAGUUGUGCCAUCAUGUUGAUGCAGCGCAAUGCAAGCUUGUCCUUCCCAAUUGUUGUCAGCCUACCCAGAAAAGAGGAGCUGAAGAAAGAACCUGAAGAGGACAAUAAAAAGAAAAAACGUCCAUCACUAACUUGGCGUCCAAAGAAACAGUGGCAAAGUAGACAGCCUAAAGAAUUACCUGGCGAGAGUAUGACAAUAUUUGAGGUAUAGUUUAGUGUUACUCUGUUCUAAAAUAUAUAGAUUUUUUGUUUAUAAUAUUAAAGAUGUUAAUAUAAUUCAAAUGCUUUUUUAAAAAUUCAUAGUUGUCUAAAGAUUAAUAUUUUUACAAAUUAUUGAGUAUGGUUUGUGUAUAUGGCAAACAUAAGAAAUAACAUUUUUCAUGUAACAAAUUGGGCAUCAGAACAAAACUAAUAUUCUCUGCAGGGUGCUGUCAAGAAUGAUCUCACCGGUGUGGCCCACAUGCUCCUUGAUGCCCUUGGUAUGCCUAUGGAGGCUGUCGAGGUAAUCAACAAAAAUAAGUUUUAGAAAAUUUAUCCUAAAUAUUUAAUCUAUAAUGUCUAUAAAGUUUGACAUUUUUUUUGUUUGUAUUUCAGUCAGCGCUUAACCUGAGCAAGUUCUAUCUUGCUCUGCGCCUCUUGCGUAGAAUUCCUGAUGUGAACAGAUUGCAUGCCAAGAAUAAGGAAGGGCAGAAUCUGUUCCAUGUCUUGGGUUACAAAACCAGCAGACAUGACCCUGAUUUACAAAUCAAGGUAACUGAUACUAACUCUUUCAAUUUUAUAUUUAUAAAUUAAAAAAAAAAUUACAAGUUUUAGAAAAUAAAAUAAAAUUGAGAUUUAAAAAAUAGUUAACAUUGUCUUGAUCAACCAGUUUUUUAAAAUAUUGUAUUUUUAAGUAUAAAGUUCAGAAUGAAAAUAAAAAAAAAACUCGUAUUCAAGGUAUCUGCAAUAAUUUUCAAUCUUAAAUUCUCCUAUUUUAAUUUUUGUUUCAAUAAGAAAUUUAAUUGAAAAUUUUAAGAGUGGCCUGCAUUGUAGAAAAAUAAAAUCUUACAUUUAAAAAAAACCUAUCAGGUUGCCGGUGCUUUACUAGAAAAAAGGAUUCAACUGGCAGAGAAAGACAAGCGUGGAUUUACACCAUUAAUGUAUGCAGCAUUGAAGCAUCAGUCUGUUUCUCUGGCAAAAUUUCUUAUCAGUAAGUCAUGGGCAAUGAAAAAUGUCAUUAAAAACUGCUAACAUUGUUUUGUUUGAUUUCAUGUACCAUGUGGAAAGGCAAUUGAAUUUUAACUUGACAAGUUUUUAAAAGAAAACAAUUACAUACUUACACAAUAUUAUUGUUAUAAGUAUUUGUUCUUGAUUAUUUUAAAACCAAAGUUAAAUAAUUUUUACAAUUUUUUUCAGCAAAUGAUCUGAAAUUUGACGCCAGAGUUAAAGAUAGCAGAGGACGAGACAUAAUGGCAGCUUUUAUGUGGGAUUACAACUGGGUAUCAGACAAGUUCAAAGUAGAUGAAGUGAAGUAAGAUUUCUUGUACUGCUUGAACUUUUUUUUGCAUUGUUUUAUUAGAAAACAGUAAAGUUGUUUUUUUUAUAUCAUUUUUAUUUUGUUGUAGUACUUUGAACUAAUUAAGGCAAAAAAUAAACUUGUUGAAAUCAAAAGCAAAACUUUGAAUGAAAUUUUGUUUUUGAUUAUUUUACAUUUUUAUAUUUAGUAUGUAGAAAAAAAAAUCAAAAUUUAUUUUCUGAAAAAUAUUUUUAAAAAAUGUAAUUAAUUUACAGAGAAUGGCUUGAUGUGUUAAUAGAUCUUGGAAAAGUUAACUUGAACACACUAUAUGAUCACCCACUACCUGACCCUUUGCUUCUUGGAGCAAAAAUUUCUUGUGAGCAACCAGAUUACUUUGAGACCCGCUGUAAGGACUCAACCAGUCCACUCAUCUUUGCCAUUCGAAACUAUGACUUUGGGCUAGCAAAGUACAUGCUGCUGAAAGGAGCUAACCCUAACUUUGCUGACAGUAAUGGACUAACACCAAUGAUGCAUGCUGUUAGAAUGGUAUGUUCUUAUUUAAUGUGCUGUUUUUUUUUUAUAAAAUAGAUUAACUCUCAAAAGACUGUAGAUUUUUCCCUUUUUUAAUGACCUUGAAUAUAUCUUAUUCUUCAAAGUGUCUCAUGACUGUAAUUUUGUAGCUACCUCCAAGUAUUAUAUAUCAUUUUAAAGGUAAUUGGAUGCUCUUUAAUUGAUGCUUGGUGUUUGUUCAAAAUAUCCUUGCUAAAUUUGAUGUUUUAUUAUUUUUAGGCAAAAAAAAAAUAUUUUUUUAAGUCGACAAAAACAUAACAUCACAGUUUUUACAAAGAAGGAAAAAAAAAAGUGUUUCCAAUUAAAUCAAUAAAAUUGAUAAUUUAUUAGAAUGUGUUCAAUACUAUAAAACAUAUUCAAAUUUCAAAAGAAUAGACUCAUAAAUAAAAAAGUUAUGACUAUUUGUAGGCAACAGAUCAUUCAAGGAAAUAUUGCUCAAAAAGUCAAAAUUAUUUUCAAAAAAUAAUAAUAAUUUUUUUUUUCAAAGGAAAACAUAUACUGCAUCAUAUUAUCCUUUAGAGGGUUAUUAGUAAGUAUUAUUUGAGAAGAAAAGUUAAGAAAAAAGGCACAUUUUAAUAAAUAAACAUUUUUUAUGCAUCCCCGAGAUACCGAUCAAAGGAUAUAAUCCUUCGCCAAGACCAUGCAUAAAAAUUCUUGAAAACAAUUUCUUUAUUUAUUAAAAUAUAAAAAUGUAUCAAAAACAAAGCCUGUGACAUAUGCUCUGACCAUUUUACCCUGUUUUGGUAACCCACAAUUACAUUUUUUGUUAUUGUCAUGUUGCGGCGCACGAUGUAAAGAUUUCGGGCUUUACAGUAUCAGGUUCAUCAUCAAAUAUGUCAAUUGUUCCCUAAAUUGUUCAUUAAUUGCUACAUUUUCUUGAUGCUGAUACAGUUGAUUGUAUUUUGCAUUGAGAUACAGAAGUGUCUCCCAAUUGUACACAGCAUGUUUCCUUUAUUUUCAGUAUCAGAAACUUUUAGGAAACUCAAUAUAGCCUUGAAUAUGUCCUUAGUACUAAUGGCCUUGCUCAUUGUCCAUCAUAAAAGGAUUUCCUGGACAUUUCUUGUAAAAUUAAGAGCUUGAUAAGUCCUGCAUUCAUAAUAAAUCCACUUAGUAGAUAAAACUCCCCUUCAAUGAUGUUAUAAUGGUACCAAUUUUUGAAAACACAAAAGUUCUGCGGUCCAUUGUCCUGCGCACAAGGCUUACUAAUAACCAACCAAAUCUGUAGUAAAGUAGAGGUUGAAAAUGUCAAUUUGCUUUUAAAAUCUCCUUAUAUCCUCUCUUGUUAUAACAUCAGGAAGCAAUAGUGCUUUUCACCUCUGGUCUAAAUGCAGCAAAGAGUCCCACAGUCUUUUGUCAUCAUAACCCAUUGUAUUGACUAUGUUUGACAUCUGCCCUUCAUAGAUGCUGUCAAAAUAUUUAAAAAAAAAAAUUAGUUUAGCUAAAAUAAAAAAAUUACAAUAUAAAUAAAAAGAAUUCAAAAUAAUAAACAAUCUGCCUAAAUUACUUUUACUUCAAGUUUUCAUUGAAAAGGGAACACAGCUGAUUGUUACAGUGUAAUAAUAGCGUUGGCCUUGAGAACCAUUGUUUACAUUUUGCUAACUGAAACGUAAUAAUAUUAAAAUAAUUGUAUAACUACAAAUAAGUUUCAAACAAAUAAAUAAUUUAAUCUAUUUAAGAAUUUUAUACUACUGGAACUUGAAUAAAACUAAUGCUAUGGCUAAUAAUAGUGCUAAGAAGUAUCACAGUAUGCGUGAGUUGAGUAUGAAUGAAAAAAGUAAACAAACCUUGGAUGCUAUUAUUAUGAUGAUAAUUUACACAAUUGUCGGUAUCAGACACAUCUGAAGUGCUAUCUUCAUCAAAAAUAUUCCUCUAAGUAAGAAUAGUUGUCCAUUUCAAGCUUAUAAUCAGAAUCAGAUUCCAUAGCAAUGUUUUAGAGUGUAGUAACAGUGAACCGGAAUUGUGGCAAAAUAUGAGUAAAUGGCGAAAAGGAAAAUUUAUGAAUGGACAAGUUGCUACCAGAUUUCUUCAAGAACUAGUAAAAUAAACGAUUUUUCUUUCUUGCCAAAUAGAAAUUUAACAUUCCAAAAUAGUAAAUCUUUAUUUUCGCCUUUUAAUAUUAUUUUUAUAUAUAUAUUAGGGGUCCUUUUUUUCACCCGCCAUAUAUGACCGAUUUUUCAAUCUCCCGUCUUUUGAGAGUUAAUAAAAGUUAUAGAGUUAUUAUUCAUUGGUGGGACAAGAAAACAUUGUAUCUUGGAAUAUAUUCCACAAUGAUAAUAUGAUAAAACUUAUGUAAGUUAGAUCAGACUACAUAAAAAGUUCAUAAUAAAAAUUUUAAAUUAUGCCUUAAAUGUUCAUCAGAAUGAUGUCAAGAUUGUGAAACUUCUCCUGAACUACACAUAUGAUCCAGAGGCUGAUGAAGCGGUUGAUAAAAAAACAGAUCUGAAACCGGUUCUUUCUAAGGAACAGUCAAGACAAGUAAGCUCUAACAGUUCAAAAUAAAAGUAGUCAUUUGAUCAAAUAGCAUGGACACAAAAUAUAUUUUCAAACAAUAAUUUAUAUUUAUGAAGUUUAAUUAGUUUUGGACUAAGUAGAGAAAGUGUGCAGUCUUAAAACGAGAAUAACAAAGUAUAUUAUAUGAAUUGAGUUAGAACAGUAUUUUCUCAGACCUUUUUUUUCGUGGCCAAGAAAAGUAAAUCAAGAUAACUCUCUGGGGUGAAAAAUGUAUUGCCUUGCUCAUUGCACAACUUUUUAGAAAUUGAACGUAAAACUGUUUAAUUUCAGGUUAUCGCAAUAAAUUUUGACGUACCUAAGGAAAAAAAUCCUGAUGACUUGUUGGAUGAGGAAGUAGCAGAUGAAGCAGGGGAAGAUGAUGCCGUUUCAAUGUCAAAACACACAGAAGAGAAUGAAGACUCUGUUGAUUUGAAUGAAGAUGGUGUGUUCCUGUAAUAAUGUGGUCAAAACAAAUAGAUUUGAAUCAUUUUGAUAAAAAUGAACUACUUUUUUUUAAAAUUAACAAAAUGAUAAGGGCUUUUUAAAAAAUGUAUAUCUUCCAAAUUUUUUACCUUGAUAUAUAGUUGAAGAACCACUGGAAGAAACCUUUGAAGAAGAGGAGGAUGAAGAUGAAAAGAAUGAUGAUAAAGAAGACAGUGACCAUGACACAGAUAUUGUAGAAGAUGAACGCAAGACUGAUAACGUGUCGUCUGGGUUGACAUUGGCUGCACAAAAAAAAUCUUUUGUCCCUUCUGGUGCUACAAAGCUCUCACUUUCCCGACAUGUGUCACAAUUAAAUAAAGACAGUAAGAAUUAUGAACUUAUAUUUUAAUUUUAAAAUUGUUUGAAACUUUUAAAAGCAGUAGUUAUUGUUUUAGCUUUUGGAUAUUCAAACAUGAACAAGAUUUUGAAAAUGCAAAUGUUACUAAGGCGUUUAGAAACUUUCUUUUGGGCCAUGUAAAAAUUUUUUGAAAAAAAUGUUGCUAAACAUGUAAAGAGUUGGAUAAAAAUCAUCGGGAUUUAUAAUUUGAUUUACUAUAAUAUAUUACACCAUAUAAAAAAAUAUACAAGUUAUAAUACAAAAUAUGUUAUUGGAACACUGAUACUGUUACUUACCUAAGAGUCAUAUUUUGUAACACUGACUAUUAUUACUUACAGAAGAGUUCACUAACAUUGUAAAAACCAGCCAAGUGGAUUUAGCUCUUAGUGACAAAAAUGGUUGGUCCGCUGUACACCAUGCAGUUUGUUCUUUGGAACAUGCCACGUUUGAUAAUGCUGAAAUUGUUUACCUUCUUGGCAAAGCCGGGGCUCCACUGGAAGCCAAAAAUAAAGCUGGGCAAACACCCAUGGAUCUCGCUCAAAAGACUGAUGCAGAGAAAAUAGCCAAAGUACUCAACAAAUUGCUGGCACUUGAGCCAUAUAAUAGAGAACAUAAACCGUUUGUGAGGGUGAGGAUAAAUUCAGUCUUUCGAAUUUUUUUUUUUUAAAUAUUGGAUUGAUUUGUAGAGUUUUUCCCCCUAAGAUUCAUUAGUUAAAGACAUGUUAUAUUUAUAGAUGUUGUUUGUGGAAUAACAAUGUCAUACCCUAAAUCAACUAUGAUAAUGAAAAAUUAAAUGACUACAAAAUGAAUAUGAAAAAUUGGAUUCUUUAUCUGUGUCUUCUGGAUUAUUAUUGAACUAGUUUUGUGAAAGUAAAAUAAUGCUGAAGCAUUUCUGAUGGAAUAUAUUACAGAAUCCUCAGCCUUUUGUUGUGCCAGAAAUUGUAACAGGCAUUACCAAACCUGAUGUUAAAGCUGAUGCAGAAGAGAUGUUGAAGAAAUUGGACAAGGCAUCAGGUGUUUCAGAAGAUGCUGAAAAUUUGCCCAAAGUGGAUACUAACUGUGAAAUAAAACAUUCAGGGUAUGUUAUACUGUUAAAAUUGUAAAUCUGCCAGUCUCAUCAUUUGAAGUUUCUUAUUUGUAAAAUAAUUGAUUAUUGCUGCAGUUAUUAUUAUAUCAUUAUUGUUAUAUGCAAAAGUUCUAAAGGUGACAAUAGCUUCCUUAAUAAGCUCUCUAAGGAACAGGGAUGAUAACAUUAAAGAUGGAAUUUUUGGAAUCAUAUUUUUGGAAUCAUAUUUUUGGAAAAACAAAUUAUUAACCAGUUUGAAGUUAUAUCUUUUAAUGGAAUCUCAAUAAUGGUGCUGGGAUGGUCCCAAUUUUUUCUCUAUACACAAAACUUUUCCAAUCCAAAAAAAAAAAAAAAGGUCACUGUCUUGCAGGGAAGUGGCCAUCAAUCCUAGUACCAACAUUCCUUAUGAUGUGACGCUCAGUAAGGUGGACGUCACAGUGGGCGCUUGGGGCAUGUAUAAUUUUUACAAAAUGCAGGUAUGUUUCUGUGUGACACAAAACGUUUUCUUUUAAGUAAUGAUGACUGGCUUCACAUUCGAGCCAUUAAAGGUAUUUCCUGCAUCUUCCAUCGAAUAUCAUAGAUACUUUUUUUCUGAGAUAUUUUGUUAAAAUUUGUUCAAUGGAUGAAAACACUUAAACCCUUUACUUAUAAAUGAAAAGUAUAGAAUUAAAGGAGAUAAAAAGCAGGCUAUUAUUUUUUAAUAAUUACAAGAAGUUACUAAACCUGUUUUUAACUUUAGUAUUGUAUCAAAAGGUUCACAGUUGUGUAGCAAAAUUUGGAUAUGAUAGAAACAAAAAUAUUUGUAAAAAAGUUUGUUGGCAUUUGACCGACUAAUUAUCAUGGGUAUGGUGUGUUGUUGAAAUUAGUUGUUUUAGUGUGCCUUAAGAUUAAAAAGGAGGAAAACCACUACAAUAAACAAAUACCGGCACUGAUGAAAUUGCAACUUUUAUAAAGAGAAGUCACUGUAGCUGUUGAAUAAAUGAGCUUCACUCUUGUAAUCCCUCUGUUAGGUAAUUCGCCACACUACCAAGAACCUAUUCAUCCUCUUCACACGCUGGGGCCGCAUUGGAGACAGAGGCCAGUUUCAGCACACCCCCUUCCAGUCUCUUCCUGAGGCAGCUAAAGAGUUUUGCAAAAUAUUCAGGUCUAAAACUGGCAAUGACUGGAAUAAUCUCAAUAAGUGAGUAAAAUGUCCUUUCUUAAGAUACAUACCCCAAAGAGAUAUAUUGUCAAUUGAUGUGAAGUUGUUUUUCUACUGCAUUUCUUGCUGUGAUAGUUAAUAAUCAUCUGUUUCUGUAGUUCCAACUUAAAAGUAAAAUUUUACAUUGUUUUGUGAUUGCAUUAAAUGAACCUCUUACAUUAAAAUAAUUUGUGUUGUCACAGAUGUUAACAACUAUGGACAAUCUCAGUUUUAAUUUCUGUGUCUUCAUUUUAAGAGAACAUGUUCAUAUUCAUAAAUAUGCUCUGUAUGAUGAAGGUUUUCCUUUAUUCUUAGAUUCCAGAACCAACCUAAGAAGUACAGAUUGAUGCCCAAGCCUGAGAAACAAUACAAGCAGCAUAAGGUGGAAUUCAGCUUUGACUCAAACCUUACCACCAAAUUGCCUGAACCUGUUUUUGAUCUUUUGACAGAGUUGGUAAGAAAAGUUGCUAGCUUUUCAAAAACUUUUAUUUUGUGCCUUUGUUAUUUGCCUUUCUGGUAAAUGUCAUCCCCUAGACUACAAGUGCUCCAAAUUAUGUUGAAUAAAUUACUGUUAGGUUUGUAAAAUAUGUAUUUGUUGCAGUCUGAAUUUUAAAUUUAAAAAAAUAAAAUAAAUACUCUAUGUAUAAAAUAAUUUUAUAAUUUAAAAGAAAAUGUCAACAAAUAAAAUGAUUUGAUCUACAGAGCAGUGUAAACAUGUUGUUAGCAUCCAUACAGAAGGUUGGUCUGAAUGAAGACUUCAUGCCUUUUGGGAGAAUGAAGAGGGAAACUUUACUUGAGGCCAGAAGGAUUUUGACUGAUAUUAGGUGAGUUAAUUAUUUACCAAAAGAUGAGAGAUAUUAUAUUUGAAGGAAAAAAUUCCUAAACAGCACUGCCCUGUUUCAGUUUUGUGUCUUUUUUUAAUGAUAAAAUGUAUUUAUUACAAUGGCAUUAUAUGUAAUUUGUUUAAAUAUCUUAUUUAAUAAAUUACAAAUCACUUUCCAAGAUAAAUGCAGAUAAAAGUUUGGGGGAAAAAAUGUACAAAUCUUAGUAUGCAUGAAUGACCAUUCAUUUAUAUGAAAUGAGACAGUCACAAAUUCAUGUGCAUAUCAUAGUAUACAUGAAUGACUAUUCAUUUAUAUGAAAUGAGACAGUCACAAAUAAUGUGCUAGUGUUGUGAGCAUUAUAGAAUUUUGUAAAAGUGUAACAGAAAAGUAAAUGCCCACAAGGAAUAAAAAUCAAAUACAUAAAAAAACAAACAAAAAGACUUGAAAUUUUGUUUUAAAACCUAAUAUGUACAAAGCUAUUUUAUCCUGGUCUUGAAGUAUUUGAAAAUUAGGAGUAAGGAUUGAAAGGUACAAAUAGUUUGAUACAAAUUUAUAUAUAUUUCAGUGAACUAAUAGACAAAAUUACAAAACUGCGUAACAACCUGACCAAUGAAGUUCAAGCGGAGUACCAAAGUAAUUGUGAGGAGGUAAAUUGGCAAAAGAUUUUUCAUUAAACUAUAAAGUCAUAAAUAUCACUUUUAUUUUAAAGUUUUAUAAUCAAUGAAGAAAUAAUUUUGUGGUAAAUAAUAUUAAUGUCUAGUUGGCACAUCUGAUUUCAGAUCUUGCUUGUCGGUCUGACAACUGUUUAAUGAUGUUAUGAAAAUAUCUUUAUUCAUCAGAUAGCCAAGCUGACCAAUGAAUACUAUCAUCUGAUUCCCAUUUAUGGGUUUGAAGAUGAAACAAUUCAACCAAUCUCAGAAAAGAAAAUGCUCAGGGAACACACCAAACUGCUGGCAGACCUCAUGGACUUACAAGUGGCCAACAACAUUCUGCUUGGAGCCAAUUUCAGAAAAGCAGGUUUGUUAGUCUGCUUUAAAACAUAAACUAACAAUAUCAAUGUCAUAUCCCUUUUUAUACAUUAUGCCUUUUUGAUUUAAUAUAAAAUUCAACUAUUCCACUGUUGUAAACCAGCUGAAACUUUUAUUUGCUAAAAAGUUUUAAUCGUUAACUUGUGGCAACACCACUAUUCUAAAUAGAUAAUUUCGUUUUCCUUUUUUUUUCCCCCUCAGAGUGAAGUAGUUCUCAGGAAGGAUAUUUUGAUUUAUACUAAAUAAAUGUGUUAAAUUUUGUGCUAUGGAUUUUCUAGUUUAUUUCAAUUCUUUUUUCCCCCAGAGAUAAAUCCUAUGGAUUACAUUUACAGCAGUCUAGAGUGCAGGAUCCAGCCAUUGCUAGAGGAAGACCCUGAAGCUCAGUUUAUUCUUACAAACAUCCACGCAACUGGUAAUUAACCAAACAUUUUGCAUCAUGUUUUUCAUAUAUUAACAUGUAACUUACAGCAAAACUUGUUAAGAGAAGCAAUAAAGUAACCCAAACAUAUUAAUGUAUAUUUCCUUCCCUUUGAUAACAUUGUCACGUAAAUGAUUAAAAUGGAAUACUAAUGCCCUUUCUGUUAUUUUUUUAUUUCCAGUCCCAUCCGCAAAUAUUAAUAGGAUAUUCAAAGUAUCCAGGGAAGGUGAAGAUGCUAGACUUGCAGCACUGAACUUGCCUAAUCAUCAACUUCUCUGGCAUGGCAGCAGCAUGUCCAACUUCAUUUCCAUCCUGUCUCGGGGUCUUCUUGUCACUCCACCAGAAGUACCAUGGACAGGUCAUUUGUUUGGAGAGGUAACCUUGUUUGUAAAAAUGUAUAAGACUUCAGUUAGUCAAAAAGACUAGUGAUAAUUUUUUUUGGUAUGCUGUGAAUUAAAAUCACUCUGAAUAUCUUUACCUCGUUUUUAAAAAUAAAAUAGGUUGUAUAGUGUUUAAAACUUUCUAAGACUAGGGUGUAUUGUUGAUAUUUUUUAUAAAAUUAUGGGUUUGUCCAUAAACAAUACUACAAAUUUUGAUAGCAUUUUUGGAAACUACAGAAAAAAAAAAUGUUUUUGGAAAAAGUACAAAAUAAUAACAUAAGGAGUCCUUUUGUUCUUUCUGUUUUAAAAAUAAAAUAAACUUUUCUAUUUUUGAAGGGUAUUUACUUUGCUGACACAUUCGUGAAGAGUUCUCAUUACUGUCACAACCACAGCCCCAAAUCUACUUGCAAGGUUAUGCUGCUCUGCGAGGUAACUUAAAUAUAAAUAUUUAUUUGAAUGACCUGAGCUCAAAGAUGAAUCUUUAAAACUUAAUAGUUUCUAUUAAUACAAAGUUAAAGCAAAGAUAUCACUAUUUUAUUAACAAGUUAAACUAAAGAUAUCACUGAUGUCAAAGAAAAGGUUUCUUGGGGGGCGGUCCUCUUGCCCGACCCCUUUAAAUAUUUCUGGCACCAUUGUCUAGGGUAUUGGGUAAAGCACUUAUCCCCAAGAGUCAUCACACUUGCAUUCAAUAACAACAGAAACACUUCAUAAAAUACAGUUCUUCUUAAAUAUUCAUAAUAAACACACUGAUGAGAGCUUCUGGCCAACUCUUAGCAAAACUAUAUGAACCAACAUCAACUAGCCACACUUCUGGGCUACUGAACAUCAACUAGAAUUUCUGGCCAAGGCUCAGAACUCAACAUCAAUAGCUACACUGACCUCUCAACACAUGUCUCUGGAACUAACAUCAACUAUUGUACAUCAACUAUCAUCAUGCUCACACACCUUAUAUUCUCAUAAACUUGUUUAUUAUGCUUCUCAUUUCAUCCAAUCACAAUAAGCCAUGAUAAUACCUCUGACACUCGCAAAUCACAUUGACAAGUUCACACUAACAGUGAUUCUCACAUUCUUAACAACUGAUACGAUACAUGUUUUAGGUGGCCCUUGGUAACCCCAAAAUCGAUGUGAAACAUGGUGAUGAGGACCACCUUGAUGAUGACAUUAACAGUUUGAAGAUUCUUGGCAAUAAUGCUCCAGUUCCAGAUUUUGAUGCAAGACUGCCGUUUGGUAAAAAGAGUUUUCUUUUACAAAACUUAAUGCAUUUUGAAUUUUUAGUUGGAUUUAGAAUAUUAAAAAAAAAAUGUAAUAUACACUGAUACAUGAAAAUAUUUAGCCAAGAUGACUAAAAAAUUUUAUUUACUGAAAUUCACAUGCCAGCAUUUGAGUUUAAAAAGACGUGUUGGCCAUAUUUCUUAAUUUUUAAAAAUGGUACCCGGUAUUUAAAAUGUUUUUUUUUUUUAUAUAAUUUUUUUUUUACACUCAAAUAAUACAGUAUUUUGAAGUAUGUAUGCAUUAAUUUAGAAUUCACUUUUUACACUAAUAAUUUUCCUAUCUAGGUAUAUAUACCACUCAAAAAAAAUCUUUCAACAAAUUUUAAAAUUUUUUAAAUAUUUAAUUUAUUUAAAAAACUUAAAAGCCUUCUCAAAAGUUUGAAAUCUUUAAAAACAAAAGUGAACUAUAAUAAAGAUUAUUGUUUUAAAAUGUGUUGAAGGAAACACAGUGAGACUAUGCCUUUACUUUUCAUAGAUGGGCUUAGCUGCCUGCCAUUAUUUCUAAACUGCAUUGAUUCAAAUUAAUUUUACUUUGCAGGUGCGACAUUAUCACUGGGCCAGGUACAGAAGAUGCACUACCACCCACCGGCCAGAAUCACCCACAAUGAGUACAUCAUUCACAACUCUGACCAGGUUGCCAUCAGAUAUCUGGUUUUGUACAAUGGUUAAAUGUUUAAACUGACCUUUUGAUAAGUUCAUAAAACUUGUUACCUUAAAGAUCCUUUUUAAUUUCAGUAACCCCUUCUUUUAUCUGUAACAUCUCUGUAUGAAUUCUUUAAGCUUUUAUUUUGGUUGACCAUUGUCAGUAAAGUUUUAUUUGUAAGGAGUUAACUCUUUACUUGUAUGAUUAAUAUUUGAUGCCUGUCAAUUUUUUUUAUGCCUUAAUUUCUAUUGAAAAUUUGAACUUCUAAUGUGGUGUUUGCUAACGGUACUUUAAAAAUCCGUCUGGUUUUCAUACUUUUUGAAAAAAUCAUUAUGUAGCGACUUGUCACAUGCUACCAUUUUAAAUUUAAACUCGAGAUUGGACGGUAAAAAAACUUGGUUAAAAUUUUUAAAAUCAGAAAAUAGUUUCAUUUCUUCAAAUAAUCUUUUUUUACAAUUUAAAAACUCAAUAAUUCCACAUAAACCUUUACAUUUUCUAUCUUGUGCUGUACAGACUUAAUUUCAAUGGUUUAAGGUUUUGUGGCAUUGUAAUAGUAUAUAAUUUUUAUUUUAUGAAAUUAAUAUAAAAUUGUUAUGAAUUAAUUGUAUAGGGAUUUGCAUGCUACUGUAUUUUCUUUUUAUUUAGCGUUGUUAUAUGUCAAUGCUCUCGUUACAAGAAAUGUUACAUUCUGUGUUGAGUUAAGUUUCUGUUAGCAAAUCAUUAGCUGCGUGUAAGCCCUAUUGGCCUUAAGUAGUAGGAAGUAAAAUAAACAUUUUAAAAAUCUUUGUUCCUGAAUACUUAAUUUUUAAUUCAUAAUUGUUUGCAGUGUUUAACUACCAUGAGAAUCAAGGGAGCAAUGAAAAUGCUUUUUUUUAGUUUAAGUUUUUGUAAUUAUUUUGUUUCUGGCAAAAUCCCUUCAAUACUUUUUUUCAUAAAAUUAACUAUUCAUUCAGAAGUGUGAUUUCGCACAAUUGAUGUGGUUUGUAAUCAAGGUUUUAAUGGCAACUACAAUUUUAGAAAAAUUUGAAUUAUCUUUUUGUUGCAACUUUGUCAUAUAUCAUUUAAACUGAAUAAUUCACCAUUUAAUUAUAAAAAAUCUUCAGCUACAAGUAACAUUUUUAAUAUUGGUGGAUUUCUUUGUAAACCAUAAAUCUUUUAAAAGUAAAAAGAACAAUUAGCCUGACGUUAAUGCAUAGCACAUUUGAAAUUUUAGCUACUGCUUGAGAUUUUGUUGAACAUCUAUUAAUAUUUUUGUUCAUAUUGACAUUGUUUCAUAAACAAUGUUUCAUCUUGAUUUUAUUUCACAAAAAAAAAACAGACAUAAAAGUUAAUAUCUUUAAAAAAAUAUAUGUUUUUCAUUCAUAAUUGUUAUGCCAAUCAUUACUUGUUUUUAAUCUUACAAAGGAAUGAAUUUUAACCACUUGUAAUGAUGUAAAAUUUGUUUUGAAAUGUAUUAGUAUUGUCUGUUAACAAAAAAAAAUUAAAAUUGUGUGUUUGUCAUCUCUUGGUGCAUUCAUAAUUUUUUUGUUAAAUCAUUUUGUGUUAAUGUAAUUUUUAUUGUGAACCAUUUAUGUAGCUUCCCCAAAAAUACACAUUUAAUUUUUUUUAUGUUAAUGGUAACUUGUAUUACCUUUAAGGAAAAGGGAAUUUACCUUACAUCUAUGGUAACAGUGAAAUGUGUUUUUGAAAGGAAAUCACAUAAAACACAAAUCCAGUGUAUGGGGGUUCCUAAUAAAAAUGCAUGAGGUAACAAUUAAGCAAGUGGUAAAUAGAUGGACAUUAGAUGUCAUUGUUUCUUAGUGAACUGUGAAAAUGCCCAACUUUGCAGCAUGGUAAGAGUUUUAGAUGAUAAUUAUAACUUGUUGUAUAACUCAGUGUUCAUAUUAAUUACUGAUAUUGAAAGAUGUCAUGUGCGCUUUUGUGUUCCAUUACUGUACAUUGUUCCAUCAUUAAAGUUGAAUGUUUUAAGUAGCAAGAUUUACCUGUUUAUCAAAGUUCAAAUAAACCUUUUCAAUUCAGCUUAUUUUUUUAUUUUUGUCUGAAAAGUAGCUGAAGCCUAUCCAAAUGUGUACUUCCACCUCAACAACAUACUAACAAUUCUUCUUACAUCACAAUAACAACAUAUUAACAAUUCCUCUGACAUCUGGAAAACAACAUAACGAUUUUUCCAUGCUGCCCUGAGGUUUAAAGAAAACUUAAAUUAAUCUCAGCAUUAACAAGUUUAAUAAAUUACAAGUCUACUCACACAUCUAUAAUUAUUUCAUAAAUG